AUGAGAGGGAAGUGUGGAGGAGGAGGAGGAGGAGGAGGCGACACAGUGCCUGUGCUCGCCCAUGUCGUGUUGCUGUUGUCGUUUUUUGUGACAACGACAGUGACAGGGCUCCCAAGUGGGCAGCUGGUGGAUGUGUUCAAGGCUGGGGAGGAAGGGUACUACUGCAUCAAGAUCCCAGACCUCGUCGUGACAGGCAACGGCUCGCUGCUGGCGUUUGGCGAAGCACGCGUCAGCAACUGCUCCGACUAUGCGGAGACACACCUCGUCAUGAAGCGGUCCACGGACCUGGGCCGCACGUGGUCCAGGCUGCAGGUCGUGCAUCGUGAAGCCGGCGCUGUGAUCGGCAACGCCGCGCCGGUUGUUCUUCGCACAUCUGGCCGCAUCCUUCUUCCCCACUGCCGCAACAACCUCAACAUCUUCCUCACUUACUCCGACGACGACGGCCUGUCAUGGUCGGCGCCAGUGCAUGUGCCCAACGCGGUUGAUCCGUCAUGGCACUGGGUUGGACUCGGUCCACCGGGCGGUCUGCAUCUGCAGUCCGGGCGCGUGCUCAUCCCCGCAUACUACGACAACGUUGGUCCGCACUGGGACGACGGCCAGUUCACUCACAUCCACGUCAUGUACAGCGAUGACGAAGGCGCGACGUGGCACAUUGGGGCGCAGGUGCAGCAGCACGAGGGCGACGAGUUCUCCAACGAGAACCAGGCCGCCGAGCUGCUCAACGGCACCCUCAUCUUCAACGCCCGCACCAUGCUCACCCACCGCUUCCUCAUAUCCAGCCAUGACGGCGGAAAGACAUAUGCACACGACGGGGCGCUUGCCACCACGCUCGUGCAGCCUGUGGACGGGUGCGAGGGGAGCACUGUGCGCGCGCCGACAAACGACACGCUGUACUACAGCGGGCCCACAGCCACCACUCUGCGAUACAACAUGACCCUCCACCACAGCACGGACUAUGGUGCAACGUGGGCGCCGCUGCGUGUUGUGGACAAGGGCCCAUCUGGCUACUCUGCGCUGGCAUUUCUGCCCACGGGCCAGCUCGGCAUGCUCUAUGAGCGCUCGCCAGACCUCCGCGUUGUCUUCGUCCCCACAGCCAUCUCCUUCCUUGUCGUCAUGUGAUGCUUUUGCUGGCUUGUGUGAUUUGACGGUGUGCUGCGCACGUGUGUAUGUGUAAUGUGUACGUGAGCAUACUUGUGUGUGUGUGUGUGUUUGUGAGCACGCGAGCAUGCACGUGCGUAGAUUUGUUACAUGACAUGACAUUGUGAACCCACACAUGAAGAUGCCUUAUUCCUUGCUUGAUCGCUUGAUCACUUGAGUUUACUGUUCGCUGCACGGUUGUUAUUCAUCACUUCCUGAUGUGACAGAUGGCAUACACGAAUGACUCUC